UAACUUAAGAACUUAACCUAUAAUUAUUCACUGAAAAUAUAUUAAUAUGUGAAUAUUAUAAAUAAAAACGAAAAAUGUCGCGUAUCAUUAACUACGGCAUUAAACACUUAUGCGCUGCUACUAAAGGAAUCCAUUUUCACAAUCGAGGUCCACUUGUGCACAAUGUAAGCCGAAGUAGCAGCAGUACUCCUCCAAGUACUGAAUCUAUUAUUAAUAAUAUGACCGAUUGGGAGACUUUAAAUAAAAAGAAAAAGAUAAGUAAAGCUAUGAAAUCUUAUUUGGAGAGAGCUCAAGCACAUGACGAGUUCAUGAAAAGGCAGGAAUUUGAGUAUAAAAUAGGCAAAAGACAUCUUGCUAAUAUGAUGGGUGAAGACCCCGAAACUUUUACUCAAAAAGAUGUGGACAGAGCCAUUGAGUAUUUAUUCCCUAGUGGCAUCUAUGACCGAGCUGCUCGACCUUUAAUGAAGCCUCCGGAAGAAGUGUUUCCAGCAAGGAAGGCUGCAGAGUUUGAUGAAGCCGGCAGGCCUCAUCACUUUUUAUUCUACACUGGCAAGCCAAACUACUACAAGCUGCUGUAUGAUGCUGUUGAGAAUAUACAAGACCUGUACAAGUUUGAGGAUAGAGUGACCAGGAAACAAGCUACACCUGACCCUAAUGGUUCCAUGAACCUAGUCACCAGUGUGUGGGUGAACAAGGAGCAACUGGAGCAGUUGCUGGUUGAAGGACUCUCAGACCUUGAAUAUGACAAUUUUCUGCUAGCUAUGGAGAGGCUUGUUUCUUUACCUAACUCAUACAGACAUAAAGAGUUCAUUGAAAAAUACCGUAAGCCGCUAGUGUCUCAAAAAUUUGCCUUAGAGAUCCCAAAACCUGCUUAUGAUGCUGAAGGCAAAGCCUUUGUCACAACAUAUGAAUGCUUAAGAAAAAAAGCAAGAGGAGAUGUCACUAUAAGGUCACCGGGAACUGGCAAAAUUAUAAUAAAUGGAAAAGAUUUGACUUAUUUUGAGGACAUACAGCCUAGGGAACAAGUAUUGUUUCCUUUAGUAUUCACAGGGCUCCAGGACCGUGUGGAUGUGGAAUGUAAUGUUGAGGGCGGGGGUCCUUCAGGCCAGUCGGGAGCAAUCAGGUGGGGCAUUGCAUGGGGGCUCCGCAGCUUUGUGGAAAAAGACAUGUUGGAGAAGAUGCAGGUUGCAGGCCUGCUGACGCGUGACCAUCGCCGCCGCGAGCGCAAGAAGCCUGGACAGCCAGGAGCCAGGAAAAAGCCUACUUGGAAGAGGCGUUAAUUUGUUUUCUUAGAUUAAAGUAAAAACAGUAUGAGUAAAUGUAAUUUUAUUGCAA